AAAAACACUUUUUCAUCACAAAUCGCAUAGGCCUAUAAAUCAAGAGAACAUAAAUAAAGACCAAUAAACAGAUCUGAAAUGGAUUUAGCAUUGCAGCAACACAGUUCUUGCCGUUUCUACAGUGAACAGUAGACUAAAUGUUAAAGCAUCAAAUCUUUGCUGUGCUGCUCCUAAUGGAGUUUAUGCUGCUAGCUGCAGCUCAAAGUAGUUGUCCAGCUUAUGCUGGGGUGCCGGGCACACCUGGACACAACGGCAGCCCUGGCAGAGAUGGAAGAGACGGGUUUCCUGGACCAAAAGGGGAAAAAGGAGAUCCAGGAGUUGGUGCGCAGGGACCCCCAGGUAAAAUAGGACCACCAGGGCCAGCUGGUGCUGUUGGCCUUAAAGGGCAGAAAGGAAGUCUGGGUCCACAAGGCACUGCUGCUGACAUUAAUUUAAUUACAAAACUUCAAUUAGACAUCAAAAAACUCACAGACAGACUCAGUGGAAUAGAGAAAGCUUCCAGGUUUCGCAUAUUUAGGAAUAUUGGAGGAAAAUACUAUGUGUCUGAUGGACUGACAGCAAAUUACAAUGAUGGAUUGAAGUUCUGCACAAAUGCAGGGGGAAGAAUUGCCCUGCCAACAAAUGAAGAGGAAAAUACCUUGUUAAUGUCAUUGCAUGCUGUCCUUGGAUCUUCUUACAUAAUGAUUGGAACAACAGACAAUCAGAUAGAGGGGACAUUUGUAGAUAUGCACAAUCAACCUCUAACUUUUACCAAAUGGAUGAAAAAUGAACCUAAUGAUUAUCGUGGAAAUGAGGACUGUGUUGCCAUCUAUACAGAUGGUGAAUGGAAUGAUGUUAAGUGUGACUCACAAUGGCACGUGGUGUGUGAAUUACAAAUUGAAUAAAUUUCGGAGAACAUUUAAAAUAAUUAUUUAGUUUUAUACUUAAAUUGUGAGUAAAAAUGUUAUGGUUUGGCUACAAUCAUAACUUUAGCCUUUGCCUUCUGCAUAAGCAAAGCUUCAACUUCACUCCUGGUUAUAAGAAAAUCAUUCAUUAACAUUUAUAUAAACAUUGGAUCUUGUUGUUUUGUGUAAAAAUGUGUCAAAUCAAUUUUUUGUGUGUAUGUUUGGACAUCUAGAUAUAUUUGGAUUCAUCAAAUUACUUCUACACUAUAAGAAAAAUAAGUCAAAUGGAAAAGUUAUUGAUCAUUUUCUACCUUUCUGUUAAGUUUACAGAUGUUUCCUUUAACCCUACAACAUAAUACAAAGUGUAAUUGACAACACAGAAGAAAAACGCCACCAAAAAAAUCAGUACCGACCAUAUUUUUACGGCACGUAUAUUUAAAUAUAGUUCAUAUAGGCUAUAUUUUGCACAAAUCAAGAUAAUAAGUGAUAAUACUGAUAUUGUGAUUUCUCAGUUAUUUAAUUGUAUUAUUAAUUUGAUGUUAAAGGUAAUGGAAAACUACAAACAGUUAUUUUUUUGACAGAGGUGUCACUUUAGGAUCAAAACCAAUUGAAAAUACUGAAAAGAUAAAUAAUAAUGAACCAUGACCACAAAUGUAAGCAAUAAUUAACUGCAUUCAAUCAUGCAGGAACUGAGCCCUUCACAACUUAAACUGAGCUUAAAGUGUGUCCAAAAGCGUUUUCUCUAUAACAGAUAGCUAAAUGGGUUAGUAAGAAAAGCUUCUUUCAGUUCAGGAGCUCAAACAUUUGAUGUCCUUGCCUUCUUUCAGUUGUUCAAACAGUGCAUUUGCAUUAGACAAACUCUGAACCUAUCAGAAAAAGUGACCUUUCAUCUGUAAUAAAGUUGAUAGAGCUCGAUUAUUAGGUCAUGAAUCAAAGAAUGCGUUUUUCAGUGCAAAAACAAUUAUUGUAAGUUGCACAUAAAUUACAGGACAACAUGUGACUGACAUAUACAGGUUGAAAACUAGUAAAAUGAUACAGUAUUUGUU